AUGAUUUUAUUUAAACUUUUUCUGCAAGGUUCAAGCAUUGUUCAGGUUCUUCCAACAACAUCCAGCUGUCAGCGAUGCACUUGCGAAUCUGGUUUGUUCUGGAUUCAUCACCAUCACAGU